GAGGAGGGAGCAGACGAGUGUGGGCGCUGGCGGGAGCGGCGGUGUGUGGCCGGGGCUCCCGGGGAAGCAGCGCUGGCUAGGGUUGGGCCGGGCCCCCACGCCAUCCCCGCCACCGCUGGCGGCCCCGGCCAGUCCUUCCCAGGCCCCCUUCUCCCCUCGCCGUGGAGGGGUCCCGGGCCGCGCGAUGGGCGGUGCUGCCCGCGGGCCCGGCAGGAAGGAUGCGGUGCCGCCGCGAGCGGGGCCCCCGGCCCAGGAACCACGGAGGUUGGGAGAUGGUGUGUAUGAUACCUUCAUGAUGUUAGAUGAAACUAAAUGUCCACCUGGCCCAAAUACAGUCUGCAACCCUUCUGAACCAGCUCUACCUAGAAGAUUAUAUAUUACUACUGAAAAGCUGACAACCAACCACACUCAACCAGUCCCAAAUGGAGGUGACAUUAAGGUGGAACAGCUGUUUCAGGAAUUUGGCAACAGAAGAACCAGUACUUUUCAGUCCAUAGGAACAAACACCUCUGACAAGUGUCCUCCCACCAUUUCUCAGGGUAAAAGUUCAGACAGUUUGAACACUGUCAAAUCUGGUAGUUCAUCCAAAGCGCUAAAAGUGGUACCUCUGACUCCUGAACAAGCACUAAAACAGUACAAGCAUCACCUGACUCCUUAUGAGAAGCUAGAAAUCAUCAAUUAUCCUGAAGUUUAUUUUGUGGGUCCAAAUGCUAAGAAAAGGCAUGGCGUCAUGGGUGGCCCCAACAAUGGGGGAUAUGAUGAUGCAGAGGGAGGCUACAUCCAUGUACCUCGAGACCAUUUGGCUUAUAGAUACGAGGUGUUGAAAAUCAUUGGCAAAGGCAGCUUUGGGCAGGUGGCUCGAGUCUAUGACCACAAACUUCACCAGUAUGUCGCCCUGAAGAUGGUUCGCAAUGAAAAGCGCUUCCAUCGACAAGCAGCUGAAGAAAUCAAGAUUUUAGAGCAUCUUAAGAAACAGGAUAAAACAGGCAGCAUGAAUGUUAUUCACAUGCUAGAAAGCUUUACAUUCCGGAAUCAUGUCUGUAUGGCUUUUGAAUUGCUAAGCAUGGACCUCUAUGAGCUGAUCAAAAAGAAUAAGUUUCAGGGGUUCAGUGUUCAGCUGGUGCGUAAAUUUGCUCAAUCUAUCUUGCAAUCCCUGGAUGCUCUCCACAGAAACAAGAUCAUUCACUGCGACCUGAAGCCAGAAAACAUUCUUCUAAAACAGCAAGGCCGCAGCGCAACCAAAGUAAUUGACUUUGGGUCCAGCUGUUUUGAGUACCAGAAACUCUACACAUACAUCCAAUCUCGUUUCUACAGAGCACCAGAGAUCAUCUUGGGAAGUCGAUAUAGUACACCUAUUGAUGUCUGGAGCUUUGGCUGCAUUCUUGCAGAACUUUUGACUGGACAGCCUCUCUUCCCUGGAGAGGAUGAGGGAGACCAGUUAGCUUGUAUAAUGGAGCUUCUAGGGAUGCCCCCUCCAAAACUUCUCGAGCAAGCUAAGCGUGCCAAGUACUUUAUCAACUCCAAGGGUCUGCCUCGAUAUUGUUCUGUGACUACACAGGCAGAUGGGAGGGCUGUCCUUGUGGGGGGGCGUUCACGCCGGGGUAAGAAGCGAGGUCCCCCAGGCAGCAAAGACUGGGUAACAGCUCUGAAAGGGUGUGAUGACUACUUGUUUAUAGAGUUCUUGAAAAGAUGUCUUCAUUGGGACCCAUCUGCCCGCCUGACCCCAGCCCAGGCCUUAAGACACCCUUGGAUUAGUAAACCUGUGCCCAGACCUCUCACUACGGAUAAAAUGUCAGGGAAACGGAUAGUAAAUCCUGUGAAUGCUUUGCAGGGAUUGGGUUCUAAAUUGCCUCCAGUCACUGGAAUAGCCAACAAGCUUAAAGCUAAUUUAAUGUCAGAAGCUAAUGGCAGUAUACCUCUGUGCAGUGUCCUGCCCAAACUCAUCAGCUAGUAGAGAGUGGUCUGUGUGGGAAUGUGCAUAAAUAAUAUUUUGAAUCAUCCUGAAAGCCUGCAAAUUGGAAAAUACAGCAUCCUCGGGGCCCCUGUUUUUGACAGGAAAGACUUUUUUAAAGGCAAAACUUUUUUAUAUGUAUGGAAAUGAACUUUUCAAGGGCUAAUUAUCUAAUCACUUUGUUUCAGCCACAUUGGAGUAUCUAUUAAAUUACUUUUUAUAGGUCAGUGUACUUUCUUGGUCAAUAAGUUUAGAUGUAUUUUAGUGUAUUUUAUUGGGUUAAAUCCCCCUCUCCUGGGACAAAGUGUAUAGAAAAAUGGAUCCUGGCUAUAAUCUUCAUUCUACCCUAGCAUCUUUUUCCAUUGAUGGGCAGCUGAGGAAAUCAGAAUUUUGGAGCAUCUUAAGAAAAAAGGAUAAAAUAGGAAGUAUGAAUGUUAUUCCAUGCUAGAAAGCUCCACAUUCCAGAAUUAUAUUUGUUAGCCCUUUCAGUUGAUGGUGAGGAGAGAGGGCAGGAGUGGAGAUGACUUAGGAAGGUAGUGGCAGUUGGAUGACAUGGAGAACCCAAAAUCUCUUGCCCCAAGAUGCUAUUUUCAGGUCUCCAUUACAGGUAAAAGCUCUCACGUAGAAUGAUGGGAGGAAAGAGAGGUAGGGUCCUAUGGGUCCUGUUCUUUUUCCCCAAUCCCUAAGAUUCAACUUCCUCUUUUCUUAUGCUUCUAACUUGUCUUCUAGAACCUUGGAGGACAUAAUAGCCCUUGUUCCUCACUCUCAUGGUAACCCUGAAGACUCAUUUGAGAACUGAAGCCCAGCCCCGAGACGUCUCACUUGCUCCACAAUCACCCGCAAUGCUAGAGGCAGAAUCAGCACUAAAACUCAGGUUCAUUAACUUGCUUCUCAGCAUGCUAAGUUGCCUCUUAAUACACUUCCCUUUGGCUCCCCUUCUCCACCCCAAUCCUCGACACUCCUUACUCCAAACACAAAUCAUACAUACACAAACAAUAUAAGUAAUAGAAAGCUGGUGUCAGGAGAACCAAGAAUGCAAAGUAAAUGUUUUGCCAGUAUCCUCUGCCCUCCAGCACCUCUCUUCUCCAUUCCUGCCUUAACUGUCAAGGUUACAACCUUGAUUCAGGCAAGAAGCAGAGAGCCUUUAGUUGUACGAGAGUCAAUUUGAAUAUCCCCAAACUGUUAGUAAGCCCCAAACUAUUUCCUCUCCCUCCAACCUUCUUCAUCAGAUACAAUGGAAAAUGUGAACAGCGGCAAAUAACAAUCAAAGCUAGCCAAAUGGUUCGCUUAGCCAUUCUGGAGGAAAAGCAGGGACAAUUUUCAAGUAAUCCAUUGAUUUCUGUUGCCUUCUUUUCCCAGUUCCACUUUUCUCAGUUCCACUAAUACCCAUCCCUAGAGCAAAGAUUCAGUGGCCUGCUGGAUUCUUUGGGACAGAUUUUCAGAAUGAUCCGUUUCCAUCUUUUCACUAUUGCUCCAUGUAGAAUUGUAACCGUGUAAAUUACCUGGAAGGGAAUUCCUUUCCUGAUUCAAUUUGGGGAAACCCUGGAAUGGAUGGUUUCUAAAUUCCCUUCUAGUGAUAAAUCCUAUGAUCCUGGGUUUCCGAUAGGUCAAAGGAAGAGAAAUGUCAUGUAUGACUAUAUAUGACAUAUAUACUAUCCAGGCCUGAAAACAUCCCUGAUUUCCUUGGGAAGUUCCAGCAAUCAACAAACACGUAAAAAGUGCCUAUUAUGGGUCAAGCUACUUUGUGGGUGGUUUUCGAAACUUUGGUAGACUUGGCCUCAUUUUUCCAAAGCAGAAUGGCUCUCUGAAAAAAUAGAGAUGAUAAAAGUGAGGCUGGUACUUCCUUAUAAAUUUCCAGUUCUUCUUUUUUGGUGACUGAGGAGAGAGUUUUGCAUCUAACUAGCAUGGCUGAGAAGGUUCUUUAAAAAACAAACCACAAACACUUUUAAAAACACUACUUAUCUCCAGUACUGGUUUGCAGGAGGAAGACUUCUCAUCCAACUCCUGCAGAUCAUUGUACCUCCCGCUGAGUUCUCUGGCUUCUUGGGCUGGUUGUUUGGGAAGUUUCUCCACUAUCUAGACAUAGCAUAAGUUGAGAGUGCCAUGUUAACUGUUAUCAGGUUGGAGGCACACUCUAAGCAAGCUCUAAAAGACUGUUGACAUCUUUUUUAGGGGAAAAAAAGGCAUAGCUUGCUGCAAUUUUGUGCUUUAAUUUAAAUGGGAAACUUACUUUAGUUCAGCCAUCAAAGUCUACAGUUGCUAGGGGCCCAGGUUGGGUCCUUCUAUUGAGAUAUUUCUGUGUUAGAAUAUUUUGACUUGGCUUUGGGAUUACUGAAACUGCUGAGUCGGAGGAAAAGCUAGUAGGGACAGAGCUGACAAGACUAGGAAGACAAAUGUUGGAAGGCUCUGGAGAGGUGAAGUUCUGUGUCUUCUCGUUCAGUUUUGCAGCCCAGACAAUGACGCAGAGUACAAUCAUUUUGACUUGGCCUUUCUGCCUUCCAAGAGCUGAUUGCAUUUGGGAAAUUGCAAGAGCAGAGAGUGGGCAGUUUUAAAGCAUGCUGGUUAUUGUACAGAUGGUUUUGAGGAGGUUUUUGGAUGGGUAUGACGGGGAGAGACAAGUUUCUAGCUGUAUUCUGUGUGGUAAAGUUUUAGUAUCUGCUUCCAUCUCCAUCAUCAUCAUCAACAACAAGCGAUUGCUAGCCAUUUACUAUGUUCCAGGAACUGCUUAGUGACAAAGAAAGGCAAAAACAUGGUUCUCGCCCUCAUAGAGCCUUUUUAACUACUCGACCAUUUUAUUACCCAGCAAGCUCUCUAACUUAUUCAGGUGAUAAUCAGUAGGAUUUUCAGUCAAACAAUUGGUCAAUUAAGUUAACCUAUUUGAUGGAUUCCCACCCCACACUGAAUUAGUGAGGAAUAACAGAUGAACAAGCCAAGUGUUGUAUUACCAUCUGCAAAAUUAUUAACAGAACCAGAGGGGCACCUGUGGCACAUUGGGUAGAGCUUCCAUAAAUGGAGAGGCAUGGAAUCACAUGGAAUGAGAAAGCCUGGAUAUGUUUAGAUCUUUUCUUAAGGAAGGAGGGCCCACAACAAAGAUCAUUUAAGUUGACCAAGUCAAUAGGUUUCUUGGCAUUGCUACAAUAACCCCAGUAUUUCUCUCUGUAGGCUUUGUAACUAAUGAAUCAGGUGGAGAUUAUUAUGAGCUUUGUUCCUGCGUUUAUCCUGGGUGUGCCAUAAAGUCCCUUCCAGCUCUAAAGUUUUCAUUCUUUGUCAUCUCACAAGCUGUCAAGAAAGAUAGUUUUGGGAGCUUUUGCCAACCAUAAGGUUUCCAACCAAAAGAGAUUGGCUAAUCUUGUUUCUUCUCCCAUCAGACAUGAUACUGCCUUAUAUACUCAUCAUUAAAUUCCAUUCCUUGUAUUAGAACGUAUACUUCUCAUGGAUAAGUUCUUGUCCUCAGUGUAUUUAGUACAAUGCCCAGCUCCCCAUGGGUGCUCAGAUUCACCAAUAGAAAUUCCAUGUGUUUGGAAGAAGAUUUCUAGUCCCUGUAUAAAUUAUAAAUCAGGUCCCCUGUUGUAACCCAUAGAAUGGUCUAAUAAUGGUCUAAUAAUUUUCUUUUGAGGGCAGAAUCAGAAGGGAGAUUUGUGAAACUGCCCCUUUAAGUAAUUAGAUAAAUUUAUCUGAUCAUUGAAAAUAUCCUGUGCUAUAUAGGCUCUGCUUUCCCACAGCCUAGCACUGGAAAUGAGUCAAGAUUGCCUCUUCGCUGUUCAUCCCACCAGGAUGAAUGAACUUCUUUUGGUGCAGCUGUAUCAAUGUUUUGUUAUCCUAGGAAUUAGAAGGACUUGGGGACAACCAAGUCAGCUAGUCAAUCUCAUUAAGUUUUUGGUUUCUGUGACGUUUAAUCUGUUGAGAAUGGAGUGCUUUUGCAUAAACUCGACAACAACAACAACAACAAAAAAGCUUAAAUAAAAACUGCCAUUGGGCAUCUGAGUUUGGAACUGUG